AUGGAUUCAUCACUAUCGCAUCACCGCAACAGUCACCACCACAAUCUCAUGUCACUCACUACCAUACCACUGUUGCAAGUCGCCCUCAAGAAAGUCUAUAUCUCACAAUUACUAUCACCGUACUCUGAUUUUAUAGUCAAUGAAGUGGAUUUGGAUGGAAAUGUUGUUCAUUUGACUUCCUUAGAUGCACCAAUGGAGACAGCAGAGGAACAUGAAUCAAAGAGUACAAAUCAACCAAAUGUUCAUAAUUUUUUUAAAGAGAAACUCAAGUUCUUGGUUACAGACACAGUAGAUGGACCUGAAUCCUCAUCAAAAUGCAUACAUGUGAGAUUGAAUUCAAGGGGGAAUAAUGAAAGAGGCAGAGGUGAUAAGAAGAGGAAAGGAAGAGAUGAGACUCCUUAUGACAGUAGAGGUUCAGAUUGGCCCGAGCAUUUUGGAAAGUUCCUCAGAUUUCACCUUUGUAAGGAAAACAAGGAUACACAAGAGGCAUUAGGGGUGAUUGGAAAGAUGCUUGGCAUUCAGCCUAGGGCAUUUGGAUUUUCUGGUACAAAAGAUAAGCGUGCUGUAACAACUCAAAGGCAUGCUUAUCGUCCUCUUCCUCCAAAGAUGCAAGUGUUUUACAUUUUCUCUCUAUCUAUGAAGUCUGACAUUUUGGCAUACUUGAAAUCUCAGGUUGAUCAGUACUUGUGUUUGGUUGAUGAUUGCAAGUUGACCAUUAAAGAUGGAUCAGAUCAGAUUCAGAUUAAGUUUGGUUCUAAAGAGGAUAAUAAGGCUGCACAGAAAUCCCUGUCACUUGGAAACUGUCGCAGGGGUAAACUUACUGAAAUAACUUCCAUUAAGGAAGAGUUGCUUCACAAAUUUGUGUCUGAUGAUGAUGUAUGUCCUACGGAAUAUGGGUUGGCUGAUAUCUUUCAAAAUAAGGGUCGCUUCAAAGAUGAUGUUGCUCCACUCUUUUCACUUGAUGAUGAUACCACUAAAGCAGAUUCAGAAACGGCUUUUGAUAUGGACCUCUGGAGUGUCGAUCAAUUGUUAGACUCAGUGAUGGAAUCUGCACAAGUCGGUAGAAUGUCUUCUUCUUGGUCAACUCCAUGGAAAUCGAUUCACAAUCACACUGAGGGAGUGGUUGCAGAUUCUGAAGAUACUGUAAAAGCAGCAACAGAUGCUUUAGGAAAACAUGGAUUUGUAAACUACUUUGGUAUGCAGAGUUUUGGGAGUGGUGCGAAAUUACUUAAAGGAAAAUGGAAAGAAGGAGUGAGCAUGAUUCUUGAUCCAAGGGAUGGUGAUAUUCUUUUAGUUUCUCAUAUCAUCAUUUAA